CACCGGAAAUCGUCGUGUUGCAGGAACAAAGCCUGCUCCGUUAGCACCGCUAGCUGUUAGCAUCAGCAGCGUCCCGGUUCUGUUCCGGUGUGUCUCGUCUCUCGGUGUGAACAUGUCCCGGGUCCAGAAGUUCCGGAUCUUCGUCACUGAGCGGCUGAACGCGACGCUCGAGGAGAUUCUGACGGUGUUUGAGAAAACCGUCGUUAAAUAUGAAGAAGAAGCGGCUCUAUGUCAGGAAGUCAUCUCCCGUCAGCACGCGCUGCUCUGCGCGCUCCACAAACCGCUCAUGGACCAACCGACCGCAGACGCCUUCACGCAGCAGCUGCUCAGCAGGAAUGAGCAGCAGGACCAGGAGAACCCUGAAGAACCCGUCUGUGCUGAAGACCAGCUUCAGGUCCUGGACGAGACCGACAUAAUCCAGUUCACCUACAACCCCCGGAGACCAGGUGAGACUGCGGACCCUGCUGCUAUCGGGACCGCCCGGCUGAAACCAGCAGGUCCAGAUCAGGAGGUCCAGCUGGUCUCAUCAGAGACCGAAGACAGCGACGACUACAGCAGAGACUCACCUGAUCCUGGGUCUGCCUCGACCCGGCUCAUCCCAAAGAGAAUGCAAGGAGCGGGGUUCAGCUGCAGGGUCUGCAGCCGCACCUUCAAGGCCCGCCAGUUCUUGUUCCGCCACCUCAAGGCUCACCUGCAGGACGGUGAACACUUCGAUGCCACAGAGAACAUGAAGCUCCACGUCCAGACUCACCGCACUGCCCAGAAGCAGAAGAGGGAGCCUGAGAACCAGACCAAGACUAGUGCCCAGACCAGGAACCAGACCAGGACCAGAGAGAGGCGCCUCCACAAGCCCAGAACCAAAGUCCACGCCAGCGAGAAACUGCCGAGCUGUGAUGACUGUGGGAAGACGUUCCUACAGGUGUGGAAGAAGAGGAGGCACAGGUGUGUCCUCACCAGGAAGAGCCACCGUGGCGAGGAAGGAGGAGACGUGACGAGGAAGAGUCGACAGAACGAGGAGGGAGGCGACGUGACCAAGAAGAGCCGCCGCAGCGAGGAAGGAGGAGACGUGACGAGGAAGAGCCGAGGCGUCGAGAAAGGAGGAGACGUGACGAGGAAGAGCCGAGGCGUCGAGAAAGGAGGAGACGUGAUGAGGAAGAGUCGACAGAAGGAAGGAAACAGGAAGGAACUGUCUGUGUCAUUUCCUGUCGUCACUGUAACUUUAUUAGUUAAGAUGUUUUUUGGUUUCUAAUAAAACUUUAUUGACAAACAGUCAUGAUUGUUA